UUCAGCUCAUUUCAUUUUAUAUUUCCUACUUUUGUUAUUUUUAGUUUAGACAUCAAUAAUGUGGGUGAAUAGGUGUACGAGGAAUGCACUGCGAACUUACACCUCGCUUGCACAAAUGAGAAGCAUAAGAACGCGAGCUAACAAGCUUUCAGCUGCUUCAAUGUCUCAUCCUAUACUUAAAGCACAUGCGGCACCUACAGCGCAUAAAAGGGUGAGAUUUUUUCAAACAGAAAAAGAUGGAAAAAAUGAGGAAAACUCCAAAACUGAAGAAACAAACACUAAGGAAAAUGAAAGUAAAAAAGAAGAGGAGAGUGUUAAUACUGUGAAAGUUAAAAUUCUCGAUAAUGCUUUGGAUUUUGUGGUAGAUCAUGGCUGGUCAAGGAAAGCUCUGUCUUGUGGGGCAGAACAAGCAGGUUACGCUGGUGUUGCAGAGGGCAUGUUCACUGGUGGUGGGGAUGAUCUUGUGUUGUAUUUCAUUCAGAAAUGUAACUUUCAAUUGGUUGAGUACCUAAAGUUUACUGUAGAAGAGCAUGAGUCAAAGGAAGAGAAGAUUAAAGUAACAUCUUUCAUACGAUCCGCAGUGGAGUACAGACUCCGGAUGAUUAUUCCUUGCAUCGGAGCGUGGCCACAAGCGAUGGGAAUCUUGGCAAGACCGGAUAUUUUUCCGAAGAGCGCAGAAGAACUUGCGAAGAUGGUCGAUGACAUUUGGUAUUAUGCUGGUGAUCGUUCUGCUGAUAUUAACUGGUACACCAAGCGUGGUAUUCUGGCAAAACUGUACGGCAGCACCCAGCUUGUAAUGCUAACAGAUCAGUCACCGGAUUUUAAGGAUACUUGGGAAUUCUUGGACCGCAGAAUUUCUGACAUCAGCAAUUUUGCCAAGAUCAGUCAAAGUGUGAAAGACAAUGGUAGCGCCUUCGUAGAAACUGCCUUUUCUGGAGCAAAAGUUUUAAAGAACAUUGCUGGAUUUGGUGAUACAAAACGCUGAAAUUCUUCGCAAGUUAAACUAAAAUUGUGGAUUUUCUCUUCUGUUUAUUUACUACCGUGUAACUGUCUCUGUGCUUAUACCCUGUAUUGUAUUGUUUUAAAAACUGCAGUUUUUUUUGCUUUCUCUGCCGUAUAGUAUCUACUUUGAGCAUUUAUUGUAUUUAAAUACAGUACAUAAAUUUUGAUUAUUUACAUUAUUUGUGAGCAUGAUUGGCGUGAUUCAUUGAGCACAUUAAACAAACCUUGGUCC